ACACAGUUUAUCCCACACCUCUCUAUAUAAACACCCGAGACCGAGAGGAGUGAGAAGAGUAGGGAAAAAGAAAAGAAAAGUAGAGUACUAUCUUCCUCUUAAACCAACCAUUCAAAAUGUUGCGUACUAUCUUCCUCUUAUCUCUUCUCUUUGCUCUAUCCAAUGCCUCUGUUCAAGAUUUCUGUGUCGCAAACCUGAAACGCGCUGAAACCCCUGCGGGUUACCCUUGCAUUCGUCCCAUUCAUGUCAAAGCUACAGACUUUGUCUUCUCUGGCUUAGGCACUCCUGGAAACACUACAAACAUCAUCAACGCCGCUGUCACACCCGCUUUCGCAGCUCAGUUCCCGGGUCUGAACGGUCUAGGCCUCUCUACAGCUAGACUUGACUUAGCUCCUAAAGGUGUGAUCCCAAUGCACACUCACCCUGGUGCCUCUGAGGUUCUCUUUGUCCUUACUGGCUCCAUUACCGCUGGGUUUGUCUCCUCGGCAAACGCUGUCUACGUGCAGACACUCAAACCAGGACAGGUCAUGGUUUUCCCACAGGGCUUGCUUCAUUUCCAGAUCAACGCGGGAAAAUCCUCUGCUUCAGCCGUUGUCACUUUCAACAGCGCUAAUCCGGGUCUGCAGAUUCUCGACUUCGCACUCUUUGCUAACAGUCUUCCCACUGAACUCGUCGUGGGUACUACUUUCCUUGACGCCACUACAGUCAAGAAGCUAAAGGGUGUUCUUGGAGGAACUGGCUAAAAAAAGACUUAGGACUACUCCUUGACUAAAACACCAAAACCUGUUUCUUCAUCUUUUUUUCUCUUUAAUUGAUUCUUGUCUUCUCUGUUUUGUGUGCCUUGUAAUUCUUCAAAACCUGUCAAAAUUGUUACAUUGUAUGUGAGUUUUUUCAAUUAAGAUCCUGAGUUGGUCACACCGUUCAUAUCAUU